AUGGGCCCAGCCGAUUCUCCAUAUGCCGGCGGCGUUUUCUUCUUGUCCAUCCAUUUCCCAACCGACUACCCAUUCAAGCCGCCAAAGAUCUCCUUCACAACCAAGAUAUAUCAUCCAAAUAUCAACGCCAACGGUAACAUCUGUCUGGAUAUUCUAAAGGACCAAUGGUCUCCUGCUCUAACUUUGUCAAAGGUCCUAUUAUCCAUCUGCUCUUUGUUGACAGAUGCUAACCCAGAUGAUCCUUUAGUACCAGAAAUCGCUCAUAUUUACAAGACUGACAGACCCAAGUACGAAGCUACAGCCAGAGAAUGGACCAAAAAGUACGCUGUAUAA